GCUCUGGGGACAAAGUUGUCGAGGACAAAAAUAAAUAUUAUAGACAAUGAUGAAAAUUAUUCAUCUUGGUAUCUGUCUCUUUCUCUCAGCAACAAGAUACAAAACAUCUGGGGUUACAAUCAUUGGAUAUGAACGAAAGACAAUCACAUUUAAGUGUACUCAUAAGUGGGCUCAAGAUAACAGGAAGUACUUCUGUAAGGAUCCUUGUCAAAGAGCCGAGGACAUCCUUGUUGACUCAGAUAAGCCAUCCAAUGGGAGAUACAGCCUGAUGGAUGAUGGGACAGACUUCAGUGUGACUAUCACUCGACUGGAGAGGGCAGACUCUGGCAAAUACUGGUGUGGGGUGGACAGAAUGUUUAUAGACAGAUAUAAUGAUGUCGUCCUUAAAGUUUUGGAUGCACCACAAACCUUUGUAACUUCAACCUCUCAGUCUCCUUCUCCAACCACAAUCAGUUUUGUGGAAAACAUUUCAAUAUCUGUCACCACCAAUGCUACAGUUUCUGUUCAGGUUAAUAUAGCAUCAAAUCAGGUAUAUGAUGACCAAAACUCUGUUUGGAAGCUUUAUCUCACUGUCUCACUGUGUGUCCUGUUGAUGACGUCUGUGGUUUGGAUUCUUAUGUUUUUGUCCUUACAUUACAAGGUAUGUAGCCACUCCUUUUUGGAGCCUUUUGUGAGGUCCUGGUGUCAUCCAGGAAGAAGACAGUUUGAGGUGUCUGAGUAUGAGAGGGAUCAAUUUGGAAACCAGAACUCCGUGAGCCAGAAUCAGACUCCAGAAGCUGAUACUGAGCUAGACAAUGAGAACAUUCACACUGGUACCACAGACUAUGAGAAUGUUCAUGUUGCUACCACAGUCUAUGAGAACCUUUUCACUGCUACAACGAAAUUUUCUGUGCAAAAUACAUAUACAUUAUAGUGUUGACUGACUGAUUGAAGCACAGCUUUCUCUCAGCACCAGCUGUUAUACAUUAUAUAUUAUAUCUGUUAUAGACAUACACAAAAAAACCUUUAGCUGUAAAUGAAGUAGCUGGCGUGCUCUUCAUCAUAUCUUGGUGCAGAUAGUUGUUUGUGCUGCACAGUUGUGCUUCUGCUGUGCAUCAGAUGGGCCUGAUGUACGGCUGGACAAUGUUUUGAGAUCUCUGUGGUGAGAACGAGUGAAAGAACAUCAGGUCGGCCCCCAGAGAGAUUCUGCACACAAAGAUUCCACCUUCCUCCACAACUUCAGUCAACUGGAGUGAACACGUGAGCAGGGCGAGACAAUGACACCCAAAUCAAAGUUCACUAUAAUGCCAGGACACAUGCCUAAAUAAGCUUACAUAGACACACACGCACAAGAAAAUCCAGAUUACUUUCAUAAAAGGUCUGAGCAUUUGUGUCACAUUACGGCCUCACCACCAUCCUCAAAUGUCUUUAGGUGUGUUCGUCUGUGUUGCCACGCCCUCUUGUGUUGUCCACUAGUUCCGUAUUAUGUGUAAUCAUCUGGAGCGUAUAUAUGUCUCAUGUCUCAUAGUAAGUUUGUUGGUGUUUAAGGAGUGUUUAGCGUUCGUUCUUUAUCUGUGUUGAAAUAAUAAAUGUGUCUGAUCAUGCCUCUUCCCCGCAUCCUGAUUGCCUCGAAGCAUCACAAUUUUACAUUUAUUCAUGCAAAUCUUAAAAUAAUCUUCAAACAAUCAUGUAUAAUUAUAUCGGUAUGAGGUAAGUAAAUACAUUUUAAAAUUUCUACAACAUAAACAGCAAUAUGGCCCAUCCUCA